AUGACAAUAUCCUACUCGGGCAACUUCUUUCGUCUUCUCCUCCGAUGGAAAGGCUCCAUCUGGAGGUCAGUCUGGCGCGAACUUCUCGUUUUCCUCGUUCUCUUCUACGUUAUCCGAUUCACCAUGCCCGAAUUUAUCACACAGUUUGACGCCGACGGCGCGAGAGGCUUUAGGUUUGUCAGUGUGAGAAAAAAAAGAACUAAAGCGGACAAUUAGGAAAAAGUAUAAGCUGCUGUGCAACGAGUUCAACGAGUACACCAAGCUGAUUCCGCUCACCUUUUUGCUCGGCUUCUACGUCUCCAAUGUUGUUUCGAGGUGAGGGCACCUUAACUAUUCAGAACUUAUGAGAUAAUUAUUUCCGGGUAUUGUUACCAGCAAGUUUUCACGUCUUGAUAAUUCGCUAUCGACUCUCAUCUGGAGAAAUUUUGAGGAUUGACUUUGUCAUCGAGCUUCCGGCUAAUUUUAAAGACGUGGUUUUUUAUGCGCCUAAUUAAGACUGCCAAAAGUUUUGUAAAAAGUUUUUGGAUGCUGAUCUCACUAGGGAGCUGUACGUGUCCCGCCUUUCAAGUCAAGAAAAUUGUCUACACGCUACAGGUGGUGGUGCCAAUUCGAGUGCCUCUCCUGGCCCGAAGACGUACUCUCCGUUCUUUGCAUGGUGCUCCCACUGGAAGAGUCUCGUCCAGUUCGACAUCAGAUCGCUCGUUACCUCAACCUCACUUCUGCUUUGGCAUGGUGAUUUUCACCACUUCUAUUUUUUUCAGAUUUUUUCUACAAUAAUUUGCGUUUGAUUUGUUCCAUUUCGAAUAUAUUUUCAAAUAUUCAUUUCAAGGCGAGAUAUAUCAACAAAAAUCCGACUACGUUUUCCGCACGUUAGAAAUUUGGUCGACGCCGGAAUGCUCACCGAUUUCGAAUACAAAAAGUUGAAAGCGAUCAAUGUAAUCAGAAAUUUUGAAAGUAGUUUUCUGAAAAAAUCAUACUCCAGGAGCCGUCCCCCGGUAUCCGCUGGUUGACACCUCUUCACUGGGCUCAGCAGCUCAUCACCCAAGAGGUUUAAGCGAUUUGUUCAAAAUGUCAUCUCUCCCGGAUUUGAAUCGGACAAACAGGUGUCGGCAGGUCGGGGUCAACUUCAAUACAUGUCGACGUUGUCCAACGAGUUCCGAUCUUAUCGGGUCUCUUUCCGGAAACUCUACUGCCACGACUGGGUCUGCGUUCCUCUUGUUUAUACGCAGGUUUCCCUUUUUCCUUUUUUUUUUCGAGUAAGAAAAAUAAAAAAGGAGAUAGUGACUGAUCUUGGCCGCUGUUAUGAUUCGAACAAGGAAAAAUAAAAAAACUUUGAAAAGAAUUUUUUUUUGAAAUCUUUCAAGUUUACUCUAUAAUUUUUGAUAAAAAGUCUUUUUACCCAAUUUCAAAUAUCAGUUUUUUUUUUCUCUAAUUUUUUUCUGUUAUAUCGCCAAAUUUUUUGAUUCAAUUUUUUUUUAAAAGGUCGACUAAAAAAAUUUUGAUGGUUCGGUGAAGAAUAGGUAUGACUCGUUGAAGAAAAAAUUCGGAAAAAGAAUGGUUCGACGAAGAAUCGGCCAAGUUUUAUCGAAUUCCCCACCUGAAACCUAGAACCCGGAACGGCUCCGUGUCUUUAUUUCCGGUUGUUUUAGGUUGCCGCCCUCGCAACGUAUGCUCACUUCUUCUUCUGCCUAUUCGGCCGUCAACACCACGAAGGCGACGAAAAUCUCGACCUUCCUUUUCCGCUGUUCACCGUCGUCCAGUUCCUUUUCUUCGUCGGAUGGUUCAAGGAACUAGGGACAAAAAGUUGAAGAGCUAAAGAUGAGAUUUAAGGUCGGGCAGGACCUCAUGCGUCCUUUCGGAUUGGAUGACGACGAUUUCGAGCUUUCUUAUAUCUUUGAUCGUAACCUCAUCACAUCAUUCACCAUUGUCGACUCGUUGCAGAGCGAGGAACCCCGUUAGUUUUUUUUUCCUUAAUUUUAAUUGAGAGUCCAAAUGGAAAUUUCAAAAUAAAAUAAUUUUGCUGCUGGGACAAAAAAAGGCGUUUGAAAAAAACAUGAAGUGUUCUUGUAGAAUUAAAGCAAGUGGCUUCUGGCAGAAAAAAAAAAUUAAAUUGGGAAGUUCAUCAUUUCAUUAUUUAUGUUUCUCGGCUGGAACAGGCCGGCUGCGGCAUUCGCAAUUCAUGUACAAACCGUUUGCGAGCCGUUUUUGGCGCAAACUUGAGAAUUUCCGCAUUUUUAGAUUUUUUCUCAAGUUUCCUGUUGAACAAAAAAUAUUUAAAAUGAAUUUUUUGGCGUUUUUUUAUUGGAUAAAUGAAGGCUGAUGCGAUGAUUUUUUGAAUUGGCGCUAAAUUACAUUGCAACUGAAAAUGUCGCCGCACGAUUCUUCAAAGCUGCUGAAUCGUACGGUAGUUUUGAAAAGUUUUUAAUAGCUAAAAAAAUUGUUCACUUAUCGAGACUGCCUAAUAUUGUCCCCUCGAAAGAUAGGUUUAAAAAAAUGGAAAAAUUUACUGGCAUCGAAACAGAAAGCACAAUAUUAAGCAUGUUGUUACUGUCUCAAACAUGCGUGCGUUUCGAGCCGAGAAAAAUGGAUUUUGUUCCUAAUUUUUCGUCACUCUCAAAGGCUGAAAUUUUUUUUUUGAUUUUUAGCUUCAUUUGAAGAGGACUUUUUCUGGCGACACCAUCACGAACAAAUAAAACAGGUCCGUAACGGCAACUGCAAAAUCGAGAUGGAGCGAAUUUCUUCCCUAAAAUGGGGUCGAAUUGAUUUGAGCAGGUCUUUCAGACUCCAAAGAUGAAUAAAUGGAAAGCAUUUCAGAACCUCGCAUAAGCAUCCACCAAAACUGCACACCUACUUGGAGAUGAAGGGACUCGAGCCGGAAGAAUACAAAAAUCGCAAAAAGAACAAGUUGGAUCUUACGUCUGAUAGCAAAUAUUCAAGCUUUUUCAGGUUUAUUGCUUGGUGA